AUGAGUGUUGCCUGGAGAGGAGAGAAGCGAGGAGGACCGAGAGCGGAGAGCAAAGCGAAAACCCCCGGAACCCCCGCGGAGCGUCUCCUGUCGUCCUGCCGCGACAGACAUCGUUCCCGCAACCCUCCCCGAACUCCGCCGGUCUAGCGGGCAGAAGUGGCGCAGUCGCCUGUACAGCUGGAGCGACUAAGAAGCUCCAACGGGAGGGAACGACGUCCCGAAGUUUACGCACGGAGGUUAUAGCAGAGCGCAGUCGCUAGAUGACGAACUUUGGACUCUCUCCAAGUCAGUUUCGGUUGACAUGUCUAUCGGCGCCCUGAAAAACUAAGAGGCGCCACAGGCCGGCGCGACGGCUGCUGGGCAGGGGGACGAAAGGAGCUCCGCGGCUUUAUAUUGCUGAUAUUUACUGUAAUAAAGCUGCUGCGCUGGGAGGGAACAGGAUAUCAAAAUGUCGGCCAAAGCUGCUUCAAAUAAGAGUGCAGUGAUGGAGGAGACAGUCAUAUGGGAGCAGCACACAGUGACUCUUCAUAGGGCACCAGGCUUUGGGUUCGGCAUCGCCAUCUCAGGAGGACGAGACAACCCCCACUUCCAGAGCGGAGAGACCUCCAUCGUGAUCUCGGACGUGCUGAAAGGAGGACCAGCAGAAGGGCUUCUACAGGAGAAUGACCGGGUGGUGAUGGUCAAUGCCGUCUCCAUGGACAACGUGGAGCACGCCUACGCUGUCCAGCAGCUCCGGAAGAGCGGCAAGAACGCCAAAAUUACGAUCCGGCGGAAACGGAAGGUCCAGAUCCCUGUGGCUCGGCCCGGUGAGCGGGAAACGAUGUCGGAGCGCGAAGAGGACAGCGAGGAAGAGGAGUACGAAGGUCCGGGAGCAGGGGCUGGCGGCGCCAGCGGAGGCUCGAACCGACGGAACGAGCGGAGUGGCAGUGCCGGCCGGCGCGACCACAGCAGCGCCUCCCGAGAGAGGAGCGCCUCGCCGCGCUCUGACAGGCGCUCCGUCACCUCCGCGUCCCAGCGCCCUGCCAAAGUCACGCUUGUCAAGUCUCGCAAAAGCGAAGAGUACGGCCUGCGAUUGGCCAGCCACAUCUUUGUGAAGGACAUCUCCCCGGCAAGCCUGGCAGCUCGUGAUGGAAACAUCCAGGAGGGUGACGUGGUGUUAAAGAUCAAUGGUACAGUGACGGAGAACCUGUCUCUGACGGAUGCUAAAAAAUUGAUCGAGCGCUCGAAAGGCAAGCUGAAAAUGGUGGUUCAGAGAGACGAGCGAGCAACCCUGCUCAAUGUUCCCGAUGUAGAUGACAGCAUUCCCUCCGCCAACUCCGACAGAGAUGACAUUUCAGAAAUUCAUUCGCUGAUAUCAGACCAUUCCCACGAGCGCACACGCGGCAGUCGCUCUCGCUCCCCGGACAAGCGCUCUGAGCCCUCGGAUAUCUCUGGCCAGUCACCUCAACUGAUCAGCAAUGGAAGUCACAGGAGUCAUGAUGAGGAGCGUGUCUCCAAGCCUCCGGCCAUGUCCACUCCUGUUAAGAUGGUGGAAGACGCCAUUCUAGUGCCCACAAACGAUCAGACUGCAGACAAACAGCUCCCCCCACUGCCUGAACCCAAGCCUGUGUAUGCCCAGCCUGGUCAGCCAGAUGUUGAUCUGCCAGUCAGUCCGUCUGAUGCCCCUGUGCCCAGUCCUCCCCACGAUGACAGCAUCCUGCGUCCCAGCAUGAAGCUGGUGAAGUUCCAGAAGAGCGAGAGCGUAGGACUGCGUCUGGCCGGAGGCAACGACGUGGGCAUCUUUGUAGCAGGAGUUCUGGAGGACAGUCCUGCAGCUAAGGAGGGUCUGGAGGAAGGAGAUCAGAUCCUCAGGGUAAACAACGUCGACUUUGCUAACAUCAUCCGGGAGGAGGCGGUCCUGUUCCUGCUCGACCUGCCCAGAGGGGAGGAGGUUACCAUCCUGGCGCAGCAAAAGAAGGAUGUGUAUCGGCGGAUCGUGGAGUCAGACGUGGGCGACUCCUUCUACAUCCGGACCCACUUUGAGUACGAGAAGGAGUCCCCGUAUGGUCUGAGCUUCAACAAGGGCGAGGUGUUCCGUGUGGUGGACACGCUCUACAACGGCAAGCUGGGCUCCUGGCUGGCCAUCCGCAUCGGCAAGAACCACCAGGAGGUGGAGAGGGGCAUCAUCCCCAACAAGAACAGGGCGGAGCAACUCUCCAGCGUGCAGUACACCCUUCCCAAGACCCCUGGCGGCGACCGUGCCGACUUCUGGCGCUUCCGCGGCCUGCGCAGCUCCAAGCGGAACCUGAGGAAGAGUCGUGAGGACCUGUCCGCCCAGCCCGUGCAGACCAAGUUCCCCGCUUACGAGAGGGUCGUGCUCAGGGAGGCUGGUUUCCUGAGGCCAGUGGUGAUCUUCGGGCCGAUUGCUGACAUCGCACGAGACAAACUGGCAAGAGAGGUGCCCGAUCUCUUCGAGCUGGCAAAAACACAGCGUCCUGGAGAAGGGGAAAAGAGCGAGCCCAGAGACGCAGGGACGGACCAGCGCAGUUCUGGUAUCAUACGCCUUCACACCAUCAAGCAGAUCAUUGAUAAGGACAAGCAUGCGGUACUGGACAUCACCCCCAACGCAGUGGACAGACUGAACUACGCGCAGUGGUACCCCAUCGUAGUGUUCCUCAGCUCGGACAGCAAACACAGCGUGAAGACCAUGCGGACACGCCUCUGUCCUGAGUCCAGGAAAAGCGCUCGCAAACUGUACGAGCGUUCCCUCAAGCUGAGAAAGAACAACCACCACCUCUUUACUGCCGUCAUUAACAUGAACAGUAUGAAUGAAGGUUGGUACGGCGCGGUGAAGGACACCAUCCAGCAGCAGCAGAACCAGCUGGUGUGGGUGUCAGAGGGCAAGGCGGAUGGCGCUCCCGAGGACGACCUGGACCUGCAUGACGACCGGCUGUCCUACCUGUCCGCGCCGGGCAGCGAGUACAGCAUGUACAGCACCGAUAGCCGGCACACGUCCGACUACGAGGACACAGACACAGAGGGCGGCACCUACACCGACCAGGAGCUGGACGAGACCCUCAACGACGACGUGGGCAUCCCGAGUGAGCCGGCUCUCACCCGCUCCUCGGAGCCCGUGCGGGACGACACGCCUAUCGUCCACCAGCCGCCCGGGUACCCGGGCUACCCGAUGCCAGCGCCAAGGCCAGAAGCUGUUGCCCGGAUCCACCCAGCCGGGUUCAAGGCGCCCGCAUCCCAGCAGAAAGUGGAGGCUGCUCCUCCUGCACAGCCCGAGCCGCCGAGUGAGACAGCGCCCCCUGCUGCCCACCUUAAUGUAGCACACCUGAGCAGCCCGGAGGGGCCGGCUGCCUCGCCUCAGGGCGUCGUCGGACCGGGGGCCGGCUCGUCCCGCCGGUCCACGCCCGAGCUAGCUCAGCCUCCAGCACCUGAGCCCAUCCGAACCGCAGCUCCCGGGUCAGAACCCAAGAUGUACCAGAAAGAGAUCUACAACAUGAACGAGCCAGUCCGCAUGAGUCCCGUGCUAAAGCCGCCUGCCUGCAACUCCCAGCAGCCCGUCUUUCAGGAAGAACAACCGUACAGAGAUUAUGAGCGCCAGCCCUACCGCUACGACAGCGCCCACACGGAACCAAAGACACGUAACUUUGACUCCCAGCUGCAGUAUGACGGCCGUGUGCCUCCCUAUGAAGAGCAGUGGCCCGUAUACGACCACCAGGUGGCACCUCAGCACCCUACAGCGUACGAGUCCCGCCCGACCUACCAGGACGGGCAGGACCGCGACUACAGCCCCCCACGGUCCCGCUACGACACGGGUUACGACACGGGUCGACCUCGAUACGGCAAGCCCAGUCCCGGACCGGUCCGUUACGACGAGCCCCCUCCCCCGGCCUCUGGUGGCUACGACGGACACUCGCGAUACAGCCAGGACACACAGCCUCCCUGCCCAGCUCCCACCCCCUCCCCUGAACCUCCUAAGCAGCAGUAUUACGAGGCUCCGUCCCGAAGGCCCGCCCAUGGCCAGCCCCCACAGAGGGGCUACGUGAACUCGGACACCCCCCCUCCUCCCCCUCCCCCUCCCAAAUCCGAGGCCGCCCCGUCGCCAGCAGAGACGGCCCUCGCAGUCACGUCCAAGCCCCUCCCGCCUCCUCCCCCUGAGUUGGAGGAAGACCCGGCACUGAAGCCACAGUCGGUUCUGACCCGGGUGAAGAUGUUCGAGAACAAGCGCUCAGCGUCCGUGGACCGAGCCAGAGAGAACGCCGACUCCACACUCAAGUCAGCAGACAUGGUUCCUAAACCCGGUGCUGGCUCUGUGCCCAAAGCCAACUCGCUGAGCAACCUCGACCAAGAGAAGACCUUCAGAGCCCCUGAGCCCCAGCAGCCCCAGUCUAAAGCUGAUGACAUUAUUCGUGCAAACCACUAUGACCCCGAUGAGGAUGAAGAUUACUACAGCAAGCAGCUGUCCUACUUCGACCGUCGCACACUCGAUGGCAAGCCCCCCACGCAGCCGGCGGUGGCCAGCAAGCCCCCCACGCAGCCGGCGGCGGCCAGCAAGCCCCCCACGCAGCCGCAAGUCCAACCAGCGCCCAGCUAUCCAAGGGCGGAGACACUGGAGAAGGUCAGCCCCACUCCCCAAGUGACUCCAGCUGCUCUGCCUAUAGCCCCGCCCCCUACCAUGCCCAAACCUGCUGCAGUGACCCCUCCUCUAGACCCUCGCAGCUCCCCCAAGGUAAAGCCCCCUGUUCGCGAGGACACCGUGCAGAGUUCCUACCUCCCGCAGAAGAGCUUCCCCGAGAAGUCGCCCGUCAACGGCACCGCUGACGCCCCCAAGCCCGCCAGCGUGCCUCUGCCCUCUUCCUACAACCGCUACGUCCCCAAGCCCUACACGGUCUCAGCCAAGCCCUUCGAACGCAAGUUUGACAGCCCCAAGUUCAACCACAAUCUUCUGCCCAGCGAGUCCCAAGCCAAGGCUCCAGCGGUAGGACCUCCCAAAACACAGCAGGCUCUGCCUCCAGAUCAGGACCGGCCCAAGUACCAGCAAAAUAACGUCAACGCCGUUCCCAAGGCCAUUCCCGUCAGCCCUAGCGCUUUGGAGGAUGACGACGAUGAAGAUGUGCACACGGUGGUGGCUACAGCACGGGGCAUCUUCAACUGUAACGGCGGGGUCCUGAGCUCCAUAGAGACGGGUGUGAGCAUCAUUAUUCCGCAGGGGGCGAUCCCCGAGGGUGUGGAGCAGGAGAUUUACUUCAAGGUCUGUCGGGACAAUAGCAUCCUGCCACCCCUUGACAAGGAGAAAGGUGAAACCCUACUAAGUCCACUGGUGAUGUGCGGUCCCCACGGCCUGAAGUUCCUGAAGCCCGUAGAGCUACGCCUCCCUCACUGUGCGUCUAUGACUCCUGAUGGUUGGUCUUUUGCUCUAAAAUCCUCCGCCUCCUCGUCGGGUGACCCCAAGAAUUGGCAGAACAAAUCUCUCCCCGGGGAUCCAAACUACCUAGUAGGAGCCAACUGUGUGUCUGUGCUUAUCGACCAUUUCUGAGGUGGCUGUUGCUGAAUGUGAAUCCCAAGAUGAAAACACACCCUUGCUCUCCAAACACACACACGCACGCACGCACGCGCACUCUGCCAUCGAGAGGAGGAGGUUUGGCAGUAAUAAAUGAAGGAUGGAUGCGUUUUGAUUUUGUUUACUGUAGCCAUGGAGACAUGAAGAAGGAUGAAUUUCUCUGAAGUGCUGUUCCUACUCCUCUUUCUGUUCUUACUCCUCCUUUGUAUGCUUACAAGCUCCUGAGUAAAAUGAGAAAAAUAAACUUUUUUUUUAAUCCUUCAUCAACUGCAUACUCUGUGCCACUGAGAAUAUUCCCACCAUGUUUCACUACUGGUCACCCACCUUCACAAUCUCCAGGCUUCAUUCACAAAUGUCCUACACACUAUAUUAACCUCUGAGCUUUUUUUUUUCUUUACACAACAGUCUACACACUAUUUAGAAUGCUUAUAUAAAGUGGCGUUGCUCAAGUCGAGUUUUGUUUUAUGUCUGGGUUUUUUAGAUGAUAAAAUUCUAGUAUUUAAUUAUUUCUUCAAUUAAUUGAUUUUUUUUGCAAUGGUCUAAAGGUGAGAACUGGUGUCAUGUCUGUCACACCCAUGUGCACGCAGCAAGUGUAGAGGGGAGCUCGACAGGAGGCCAGGAAUGUGAUGCAGGUGGUGUUGGAAAUGGGGGGGAAUGAAGCAGGCCCAGACCCUCCUCCUGAGGGCCAUUUGUUUUAUCCUGAGCUGGUGCCCCUCUUCCUCAGUCAUCAUCGCUGACCGCGAGAGCUGACCUGCUGCUACAUCAGCAGUGGACUCGCGAAGAGUAGUGCACCAAGUGUUCUGCACCGUGGAGGUCUAUGCACGUCAGAGUCGGUGUCCAGUCACCAGCAUUACCCGUUUAGUUCUUUACUCUUCACCUUCCUUCACUGACUCCCCCUCGGUCUCAUGCCUCAUCUACAAAACGCGUUCUCAAAUAACAAGACCUAUUUACUUUUGCUGCUGUUGUUUUUUUGCUAAGUUAUGAAGGUGGAUUUCGGGAGAAUAAAAUGAAGCUCUUCUGCCAUUUUGUCUACCCACUGUACAAGACCUGGGUUACCACCCAAGAACAAUCAAGGCACUAAGUAAACACUUGUUCAGUGUACCUGCUAUACACACACACACGAUUCCUAAUGACACAGAAAGUUGGCUGUAUAUAGAGCUAGCAUGUGGCCUUUGGUUCUUGGUUUGUAAAUGACUUUUUUUAUGUCUUUAUUUUGUAUAAAAUGUGGCAAGAAAAAAUUCUUUAAAAAAAAGAAUGAAUGAAUGAAAUGGAAAUAAUCUUUGUAUUCUGGUUAUACCUUGAGCCCUGGAACUUUUACUUGGUAUUAAUUCCACUUGUUUUGUACCAAUAUAUCAACACUAGCAUCUAAAUAUAAACAUUUUUAACAGUCACCAAAACAACCUUUUUUAUGCUUUAUUUGAAACAAAGGAAAGUGCUUGAUUUUAAAUGCUCUCAGAUAUUUCUUCUGUCUCAUUAUUAGUGUUAUUGGAUGCUGUAUCAUGUGCCCUGAAAUGUAUUUUUCUACUAAUAGAUGAUUUAUUAUGGCACACCAGUGAUUUUUUUUUUUUUCUUUUAGAUAACACAAUUUCAGUUAAAUAUUAGAUCUUCACAUGUGUGACUUUUCCCUUUUCAAUUUUAAGUAUACCACUGUAUUAAUAAAAUCAUUUUUAAAAUAAA